AAUCUUCAACUUUUACUCUCAAUUUAAUUUCUUUCACCAAACACAUUUCACCCGGUACUAGUGGACCCCAUCGAAAACCCCUUCCUUCCCGCCACUCUCUCUCUCUCCCGCUCCCAGUUUCCCAACCUCAAUUUCCUUUCACUCACUUAACCAAACGCUAAUUAGGGUUUCAGAUUCCCAGUUCUGAAAUUUUCAAAAUGUCCCUGUGAAUGUGUUUUGAAUGCAGGGAUGGCAAGUUCAAGUCAAGAUUUCUCUCAAUUGAACAUUUCGGGAGAGGAAAAAGACAAGCUUGUAGCGGAAGUGAUACGAUACGUGCUUUUUAAAACGCACCAAAAUUCCGGUUGCCCGAUCAAAAGAGACGAGCUUACUCAAAUCGUUACUAAAAACUAUCGUCAGCGGUUGCUUCCUGCUUUUGUUAUUAAUGAGGCCAUAGCUAAGCUCUCUACCAUUUUUGGCUUCGAACUGAGGGAGCUUCAAAGAUCUCGUCCUUCCUCCACUAAUCACCAAAGUACUAAUGAUGCUAAAUCCUAUGUUCUCAUCAGUCAACUACCUGCUGAUGUGUACAGGAAAUAUGUUGAGGAUGUAAAUACAGCACAUCUGACUGGUUUUACAUUUGUCGUAAUCAGUAUUGUGCACCUUGCUGGAGGCAAAGUCCCAGAGGAAAAUCUUUGGCAUCACUUGAGGCGCAUGGGGUUACAUGAAACUGAUGAAAGCCAUCCUGUCCUUGGAAACAUCAAGCAGGCAUUGGAAAUGCUCGUCCAGCAAAGAUAUUUGCAGAAAGACAAAGUUAAUGGUCCUGAUGGUAGUACUACGGUUUAUGAGCUUGCUGAGAGAGCUUUAGAUGGCCCAGUUAAUGAGAGAAUUAAAGAAUACAUAUCACAGAUUGUCAAAAAGGACUUCGCAACUGUGGAUAUUGACUAAUGUCCUAAAACUAACUCUCCCGUGGGUGACUAAUGGAGGUCAGAAACCAUGAGUUCCAACUACUUUGACAGACAAACACUUGCAUAUCAGCUGAUUGUGCCUUCUGCACUGAAGGAUCUUAAGUUUACUUCUCAAUAAGCAAUCAGGAAGCCAAGAAAUAUAAACAAGGUGAUUUAGCUGAUUAACAUGCAAAGGAGACUGGAGUUUACAUCGCAUAUUCUGUCUUGGGCGUUUGAUUUGUCAUCUUGCCUGUUUUGGAGGUAGCAACAUGCCUCUUGCAGUAUGAGCUGCAGUUUAUUCCAAUGUACACGAUGAGUCUGAGCCCUGUACUAGCUAGUUUCUACAAGAAUUAUGCAUAAAUUGUUUAGCAUUCAGGACAUCAAACACUACAUAAUUCAGAAAUCUGAACUGUGUAGCUGGUUCAGUUUAUCC